CGAGCUCACAGACACACUCUUUGCACACUAAGGAGGCCGUCAUAGACCUCUUCGACCAUUUCAGAGAGGAGCUCGACGAACAGAAUGAUAGGCGAGAAAGGUUGAUAAAGUCAAGUCGUGAUAUUACCAACCUAUCCAAGAGAUGUAUAUUCCUACUACAUCGUGUAGCGACGGAGGACACCAAGGAAGAUCUCGAAACCCGUGCUCUUCGUGCAGCUAAACAAGGGUGGGGUAAAUUGCGGGACAUCCAGCGAAUAUUCGCGUCCAUGAAAUGUGAACUCGAGGGUGACCUCUACUGGCGGCACCAGAAGAGUGUCUCGCCGGGACUACAAGAAUAUAUUGAAGCCUUGAGUUUUGCUCACUACCUAGAGCAUGAAACCUUGAUUUCGUACCAAGCUGUCCAGCAGACAUUGUGCGAUGAAGCUGGCACACCGUACUUUCCGUUGACCAUAUCAGACUAUCUGCUCGGCUUAUCCGACCUGACCGGAGAGCUCAUGAGAUACGCAAUCUCAGCUAUCAGUCGCAAGGGCGGCCGAGCAAAGGCAAGCGAUAUAUGCGCCUUUGUCCGUCAUUGCAAAGCAGACUUCGAAGGCAUGUGCCCGAGGGUCCGGGGCCUAUCAAAAAAGCAAUCCGUCACGAACCAAUCUCUACAGAAGAUUGAAGAUGCCGCCUACACCAUCGCCGUCCGGAGCUCAGAGUACGAUCUGCCGUCGGACAUCCUGGACGACAUUGUAGCACGGUCCAUCUCCGGGUAUGACAAUAGCCACUCCAAUUACGACAGGAAACCAGAACGUUGGAGGGACAGGGACGGUAGCGGAGACGAAGACGAGUACUACUGAAGACGAGUCACACGCCAGCUUUCACUUGUGUUGUCUACCUGAGGUGCAUGUACGAUUCGUAGGCCAGCUUGUAGCACUAUGCGGAUGUUUUAUCAUCCCCCCCCCCACGCCAUCGUCGGCCAGCAAUCAAAGGGGUAAAAAUGACUUUAUUCGAAUACACGUGUGAGUUUAGUGGGGUUACAGGUCUAUGCGGUAUUCAUGCCCGGCUACAAUGUUCGUGCUAGAGAGACAUCAAGAGGUCGUACAGAGAAACAGACAUAUCGCACAGCGUGUCUUCUUCGUGAUAUUCGUGACAGUGAAAGAACAAAGAACAAAGAAAUCAAAUCAAUGCUCAACGCUCACCGAGACGACCAACCUUCCCCCGUGCUGACCACCGUCUAUCGUAGCCAGGGAUAAAUGGUCGGAGCCAGGGACGACGUCGAGAACAAGUUGGGCGGGUUUCCCGCUGAGCUCAACGCGUAGCUGGUCGAGACUCCGCGCAGGACCAAUGAUGAACUUGGUAUCACCUCCAGGGACAUCCGCGAUGAGCACGGGCAGUGGGUUUUGAAGGAUGCUGCUGGGCAGUUCAUCAUCCGCCCUGUCCUCCAAGUUGAUGAUAUGGUCGGUGGAAGGGCGAGGAGAUAUAAGAGGAGUGUCGACCUCCGCAACAGACGAAGGACUGGGAGAAAUAUUAGCACCUUUAUCUCCCUUUUCCCCAUGGCUGUCAUCGACCAACGAAGGCUCGUCUUCCUCAUAGUCGUCGGCAACAGACGGCUCUUCCUCCAGUACCGGUCGUUCAUCGGAGCCAUCCGCCUCGUCCUCACCAGCUCUGCUCUCGCUGGGAUGGACCCGAGGACCGAAAACGCGCAUGAAACCAAAGAUGAACCAGAGGAUGUUCCUGAAAAACCAGAAGCUAGCCUGCAAAACCACGUCGAGGUAGCGUUUAAACACAGACUGGACCGGUGUCUGUCUAUAAACACGCGCAACAGUCAAGGGCACCGAUCGCAUAGGACUCUCCUCUUCGGUGUUCUCCUCGCUGUCUUCGAUGACAGACUCAACCGGUUCACUAAAGGACACUUUCUUGACAUGUUCGGGACGUACAGGAGGAGGGGACGCCUUGGUAGCGCGGUAAAUGGGAGGAGACGGCGGAGGGGUAGGAAGUCGGUGAACAGGCUCAGGAGAGAUGCACACAAACGAGUGAGGAGUGACGACAGCCGCCUCCCAAGCCUGUCCGCUGCGCGCGUCAUCCAAUCUACUAACAGGUGCCACAACAAAUUGUCCGCCCGUGUAUUUGUCCACGACAAACGUAAUCUGCGCUUUCUCCGACGAUUCCUCCGAGGAAAGGGAGAGCCAGCGGCAGGCCCGCGACGCAUGGGAGAAUACGCACGCCCUUUUGCGAUUGGCCUCUGGCAGAAGAUCAUAGAGGGUGCCAAUCGGGAGAACGACCUCGGUUGUCGCUGCAAUCGGUGAGAAUGGGAUGAUAGACACGUACAGCGGCUGUGCUCCCGCUGCAGAAGCAAAGAUGGUUUGGCCAGAAGCUAAGUCAAAGCGUACCAAACGGAUGCCGAUGCCCGAGGAUGACGCGAGGGCCUCUUCUGUAGCGCGGUGCGAUGCCGGCGACGUCCAGAUGCGCAGUGAACUGGGGUGGGGUGAGCUGUACUGGACUACACCUGCAGACGAGAUGGAAAUGGAAGAACCAGGGGAACCACCCAGGAUGACGGACGAAGGACAUAUGAUCGAGUCAGUCUUAGGGCGCGGCGUGAGGAAGAGCGUUGACGAGUUGACAGGGUUGUCACCCAGUGCGUGUGGGAGGAUGCGCCCUUCUCCGCCGACAGCCCAGCAAAACCAGUCGAAGUCCCUUGACAGCUCAACAACUUCUACAUCAUCCGCAGGCGUUUCAGCGUGCCAGAGAUGUACACCCUCGUUUUCAGUCGUCCAACCUUUACGAAGGUUGAAUCUCGGAUCGCGACGUUCUAGCACGAGACUACCAUUGCGGCCGUACUCUCCCAACCACCUGAUCUCCCCCGAGGGGAAUACCAAGCGAUAGGUGUAGGAGAAUUGAG